GAGUCGAUGACGUUAAUAUCGUGUCAGCUGAAGAGGAAGGGGUUGUUAGUAGCUGUUUGGUUUGUUGUAUUCUGGACAAGGGAAAUUAAAUGGAUUUCUUGUAGCGAAAUAGUAUAAAUACUUUUUCGUGCUAUAGAGUAAUCUCCCGUUUGUACUAACCGUUGGCUGGUGCUCCCAAUUACAAUGGAUAGACGGAAAUUGUCCACAUCUGGUGACACACUGUAUCAGAUCUUGGAUCUUCCCAAAACUGCUACUGCAGAUGAUGUGAAAAAGACGUACCGGAAAUUGGCUCUGAAAUAUCAUCCCGAUAAAAAUCCAAACAAUCCUGAAGCUGCAGAGAAGUUUAAAGAGGUUAAUCGGGCUCACAGUAUUCUGAGUGACCUGACAAAACGCAACAUCUAUGACAACUAUGGUUCUCUUGGUCUGUAUAUUGCAGAGCAGUUUGGAGAGGAAAAUGUCAAUGCUUACUUUCUAGUCACAUCUGGCUGGUGCAAGUCACUUAUCCUGUUCUGUGGUAUUAUCACUGGCUGCUACCUUUGUUGCUGUUGUUGCUGCUUUUGCAACUUCUGCUGUGGGAAAUGGAAGCCUCGACAGCCCGAGGACACUGGAGAUUAUCACACCUUAUAUAGGAACCCCGUGUCAUCCGACGGAGGAGUGGUAACGUCUCAACCCCGGACUUCAGACAAGGAGGAACCAAGUGAUGAUGAAUCUGCAGGUCCGGCUGUAACAUCGCAACCAGCAUCUUCAUCAGUGUUUGCAAUGCCGCCCCCAGGUGAUAGUAAUGCAACUGAAAACACAUCCCUCAAUCCACAAGAUAAGAUUACAUAUACACCAGGAAUGACAGAGAAAGGUUCCCCCUCGCAUCCUGUAGGGGCACAACCAACAUCCCAGCAGCAGAGUGGAAAGUGGUAGGGACCAGGACCUUCAGAUCCUGUGACGGGAAGUUCCUGAUCUGGACAGGUUGAAUGACACUGCUUGGCUUGAAGCCUGCCUCACAUCAAAAUACAAACCUUCAAUUCUAAUCGACUUUUAUCAUUAUUAUAACAACACUUUGGCCUUUCAUAAUUCUUGAUGAUUGUAAACAAAAGGUUAAAUUAUUAGGCAUACUGAAAUGGCAUCUUGUGUGUGGAAAGUAUAAAUUUCUUGUUUUGUUUUUUAUUAUUAUUUGUGAUAUUGUGAAUGUGAGGGUAUGGAAUCCCUGUGUGGGAUGUUUGUAGGCAUAUCAUACACAGCAAACUCCUUCCCUGGAUGCAAUAGUAGAGAUGUGUUUUCUGCAUGAAUUUAUUAAUGAUAACCCAGUUUAACGAACACUCUGGGGCCUUCUUUCUUCUGAAUUUACCAUUCAUAAACAUUGUAAUUAAGUGGAAUCCUGGAUGGUAAGUGAUAACUGCCUAAUAAGAGUGUUUAUGCCAUCCCAGAUAAAUCUAGCUUCUGCUGUGUUUUUGCAGUACAUUUGUAAAUUAUUAUUUUCUCUUUAAGUAAAUAGUGUGGAUGUAUGCAUAACCUGUUUAUAAGGGCCGUUUCACACUGUUGACCGGUCGCCGGCGACCCAGUCGCUGAACGACCAAACGAGGAGACCAGCAGGGUGACCAGUGCAGACAGAGGCCUCAGCCUCAGUAAAAAAAAAUACUUUGGAAGCAGUAUGGACGUCGACGAGAUCACUAUAAUGAUAAAAAUUCGUUUCACUAGAAACAGGAAAAAGAGGAGUAGAAAACACUCUUCCCACUGACUUUUUUCAUCUCCCUCUUUGCAUAAUCGGGACUUGCAAGGUCCCAAAUGGCUCUUCGUGACUCUACGGUCGAAAUAAAUCUUUCAGUAUCAAAACUCAUGAUAUACUGAUCACUUGAGUGACAUGAACACGAUGGGAGAAAACAAGAAACAAUGGAUGUGUCACCUCUCUGAGCUCUGGUCGCUGACUGAGUCGCCCGCAAUGUGAACACGUGAUUGCCAUCUAUGUAUCUCUUGUUCGUUGGUCUCCCGUGCGUCGCUCACUGCUUGUUGGUCGACGGCGGCCAUUGGUCGUUCAGCGACUAAGUGUUGAAAUAAGGUCAGAUUUUAUAAUUAAAAUCAUGGUAUGCUGGAGUGUCACUGGAUAGGGAAUAUUUUAUUUGUGUUGUAUUCCAUUUUAAAAGUUAUCAACAUUCCUGAUUUAAACUUCUGCUGUGACUUUGAACACUGUUCACUACCUAAUGUCUGCUUAGUCAAAAAAUGUUUAUAAGAAAUAAUUUUGCAAAUUUGUGAUUUACACUUCCAGAGUUCACCAAAGUACAAAACAUAACCCUGUAAAAAUAUAUAUUUUCUUUUGUUCCAAACAUUUUAAUACAACAUUUUAUUCUUUUGUGGAAGAUAUUUUAACUUCAAAAAUGCAUAGGAAAUUGUGACAUACUUGUGCUGGACAGUCAUUUAAUUGCAGUGGGAUUUCAGUAUGAAAGGAUAAAGGUAGAUCAUCAUAUCUGUAGCUAUGACAGUUGUUACAUCAGUUUACAAAUCUGGGAGAUGAGGCAUGUGCUAAAAUUACUGAUUAUAGAUUCAGUUCAGGUAUAAUUACUGAUUUACUCUCAAUUUCAGCAUACUAGUUAAGUCUGCUGGUUAAUCACAUAAUUACCGCAUAUUCCUUCGUGAAGAAAUUUUUGUUUACUGUUUUCCAAGACGCCUUGAAGAGCUUGUUUUUUAUUUUUUAAAGCAGAUAAUCUAAAUAAUAACGUGGAAUAUCACAGUAUCAGAUACCAAUACGGAGAAACUUCCAGCAAACAAUGUUGAAAUGAAAGCAUGCAUUUCUGAAAUAUACUAUCCCACAGUGAUACAAAUAACAGUAAGUCUUACGAACCAAUCUUGGUAGUCAUUGUGUAUUGAAAGCCUUUGAUUAUAGAAAUAUUAAAAUAUUUUUGUUCCUGGUUCAUUUUAAAUGUGUUUCUUUCAUUCAUAAUACAGGUAUCAAAACAGUAAGUGGAAUGUAUUAAUAAUACAUGUAUUAGAACAUCAGUUUGUAAUAAGAAUAUUGUAAUAUUUGUGAAGUGUUAAGAUUUAAAAAGUAUUUAGUCUCUGAAGCAUGUAAUUGUGUGAAAACAAGGUAAAUCUGUGUUUUUAUGUUUGCAUUUGAUUCAACAGUAUAAAAUGAUUUCCAAGACUUCAUUCCCUCUUGUUGGACACUUGCUAGAUGCAGUAGGAAGUUUUGUACUUCAAGACUGUUACCUAGUGGUAAUUGGGCAAGUUGUUUCAAAAUAUUUGUGUAAUUUUUGGUUGUUUAACAAUUAUUCUCUGUGUUGUUAGAGUAUGUAACAUUGUAAGAAUGAAUUUGUAUGAAAUUAUUAGAUUUACAAAUGAUAUUAGCAUUAUGAACUACCAUUCA